AUGGCCCACCUGCGGGCUUGCGAAGUCCGGCAGCUGCUGCACAACAAGUUUGUGGUGGUCAUGGGGGACUCUGUCCAGAGGACCGUGUACAAGGACCUGGUGCUCCUGCUGCAGAAGGACUGCCUGCUCUCUCCCAGACAGCUGAAGGCCAAGGGCGAGCUGAGCUUCGAGCAGGACGUGCUGCUGGAGGGCGGCAGGUGGGAAGGCUUGCACCGCGGCACCCACUACCGCGAGGUCCGCCAGUUCCGUUCGGGCCACCACCUGGUGCGUUUCUACUUCCUCACGCGCGCGUACUCCCCGUACGUCGAGGACGUCCUGGAAGACCUGCGGCGCGGCGAGCACGCCCCGGACGUCGUGGUCAUGAACUCCUGCCUCUGGGACCUCUCCAGGUACGGCCCUGACUUCCGGAGGAGCUACCGGGAGGACUUGGAGAGCCUUUUCGGACACCUGGGCCAGGUGCUGCCCGAGUCCUGCCUCCUGGUGUGGAACACCGCCAUGCCGGUGGCCGAGAUGGUCUCCGGGAGCUUCCUCCCGCCAGACCGCCCGUCCCGCUGCGUGCGCCUGCGAGAAGACGUGAUGGAGGCCAACUUCUACAGCUCGACUGAGGCCAGCAGGCAUGGCUUCGACGUGCUGGACCUCCAUUUCCACUUCCGGCACGCUGGGCAGCACCGGCAUCGAGAUGGUGUGCACUGGGACGAGCGCGCGCACCGCCACCUCUCUCAGCUGCUGCUGGCGCACGUGGCUGACGCCUGGGGCGUGUACCUCCCCUUCCGCGACCCUGUGGGCAGGUGGAUCAGGGAUGGCCCUGCCAGAGGACACUCAGGCCCGGUAAGCCAGAGACAGCCCCGUGACAGCAGAGGUGACCCAGGUGAACAGUCCUUUUCCUGGUUCCCACCCACGUCUUCGUGCUCCCAUUCCCUACGGAGACCUGUGCCCUUUCCCCAGGCUCGACAUCCGUUCCCACCCUACUCCCAAGGUGCCCGUGUGCCCUCCUACCCAACUUCACAGCGCGGGUUCUCCAGUGAUUCUUCAAGGCGCCGGCUUGAAUAUGCUGGCGAAGCCGACUUGAUUGGCCGUGAGGCGCGUCCGGGCCCCAUCCGCAGAGCCUCUACCCAACAUCGGAGCAGAGCAUCACCUCCCUACCCUCCCCGGCAUUCUGACGAGCCACAAAGGUGCCAGCGAAGGCGAACAAACAGACGGCCCCGAGCACAGCCAGAGGCAAGGCCUCAGUAG